GAGCAGCGGGAGCAUUGGCCGUGCUCGUCGUGCAUUAGCCGCGCGCGAACGGGCGCGGGGCCGCCCUCGACUCGGCCAUGAGUUGCAUCGUGUGUAUUAACCAGUCCGAGAACGGCAUCGUCGAGCGCUGGGGCCGCUUCGACCGCGUGGCGAACGCGGGCGUCAACUUCGUCUGCUGCCCCAUGGAGCAGAUCGUGGGGACGCUGAGCUCGCGCGUGACGCAGCUCGAGGUGCGGUGCGAGACGAAGACGCUCGACAACGUCUUCGUCGACGUCAUCAUCAGCAUCCAGUACAAGGUCAACGAGGGCUUCAGCGACCCCAACGACAAGCUCAGCAGCGGCGUCUACAAGGCCUUCUACGAGCUCAGCGACCCGAAGAAGCAGAUCACGGCCUACGUCUACGACGUCGUCCGGAGUACGAUCCCCCUCGCGACGCUCGACCAGGCCUUCGAGGACAAGGAGACGAUCUCGCUCAACAUCAAGAAGUACCUGGGGGAUAUCAUGAUGUCCUACGGCUACACGAUCUCCAACGCCCUCGUGACGGACAUGACGCCCGACGCGCGCGUCCGCAACGCCAUGAACGAGAUCAACGCGUCGAAGCGGCUCAAGGACGCGGCCAAGGAGAAGGCCGAGGGCAACAAGGUGCUCACGGUCAAGUCCGCCGAGGCCGAGGCCGAGUCCAAGUACCUCUCCGGCGUCGGCGUCGCGCGCCAGCGCAAGGCCAUCGUCGACGGCCUCCGCGGCUCCAUCUCCCAGUUCAGCGGCAACAUCAAGGGCACGACGCCCAAGGACGUCGUCGACCUCCUCCUCAUCACCCAGUACUUCGACAUGCUCAAGGACAUCGGCUCCCGCCCCAACUGCAACACGGUCUACGUCCCGGACUGCGAGUGAAGCGGCCCCACGCCCCGCCCUAAGGUUUUCUCGUC